UCAUUGAGUUAAAUUUCCAAAAAAAUUAUUAAAAUUAAAAGAAAAAGUUUGAAGUCAAAAUUAAAAAUAAUCAAUAAAAAAUUAAUCAAUAUUUAUUUGUUUGGCAAAAUUAUUCAAAAUUCUGGGUUUUCUCUUCAAUCAACUGCAAAUAUGCUGAACACUAUUUUGGAUACCGUUUUCAAUGGCCUGCUAAUUGGUACCUCUGGAUACGCCAUGUUUGCUCUUAAUCCUUUAGAGCAUCCCUUUGCGUUCACCGCCUCUGCUGUAGGAUUAUGUCAUGGUUGUGCUGGUAUCUAUACCCGUUUCUUGGAUAGUUCCUGUGGAGCUGAAGGCUCCGAAGGAAAGUGUAUGAAUCGUGCUAAAAAAUUAACAACCAGUUGCAUGGAAAUCAUAACAGUCCCCUUGAUCAACAUUGAUUUCUAUAGAAGUUCUCAGCAGAGCAAUGCUUUGUCUUUGGGUCAUGGUUUAUUUAUUAUACCACUGGCCUUUGAUUUAACUUUUAAAUUUUUUGCUUCUGAAGGGGAUGAGGGUGAAACUGUGGCAGUUUUAAAGGAUCUAACUGUUUUGGGGAAUAUUGUGUCUUUAUUGUUCUUUGCGGUAAAUGAAAAUAAUCUUCCGGCCGGCAUUAUGGCCUUAUCGGCAUUUUUUUCCUACUAUGGUUCGGUGCUGAUGGAAAGUGUGCUGAGUGGGACAGGAGAGAAUUCAAGUUUGGCAGGUUAUGCCCUGUUCUUUGGUAUAAUGCCUUUGGCAUUAGGGGCUGGUGGUGAGGUAGCUACUUGAGCAAAUGUGGAAACUUUUAUUUUGUAAAACUAUAUUUCAUAAAAGAAUAAUUGCAAUAAUGAAUACAUAUGUAUGUAAAGAUUUGGUUUCUAAAUUUAAUUGCAACUAAUUCAUUUAGAG